CGUAUAUUGAAUUGUCAGAUAUGUCAUCGAUCGGCGUCUUUACAAUAAAAUGGCGGCCGCAGAGAUUCAAGUUGUAAAUUCAUCUAAUUUAGCGAAAAUUGAAAGUUUUCUCAAUGACCCCAGCUACAAGGAAAUUAUUGAAAACUCAUCUACAUUCAAUUCGCGACUAUGCGCCGAACGGAGAAUGCGGAUGCCGUUCAUAGACACACAGACAGGUGUUGCCCAGAGCCAUUCAAAUUUAUUUAUGACAAGGAAACAAAGAAUGCCAGGUGCCAGAGAGGGCCAGCUAUACACAUAUCCAUCACAGAGAUGGAGAAAAGCCCGUCGUCAAUACCUUACUAUGUCAUCAACGAGGUGGGGCUGGAGUGCAGCAGAUGCAGCUGAUAAUAUCGGGGAAGGUGAAAACAGUUCAGGUAUACCCGAUGGUUUGGUCGGCGAGGACAGUAGAGAUGGGUCACAGAGUGCGGCUAAAGAUGACCCCAAGGAAUGGUUCUAUGACGAGUUAGCGAUGGAAGAAAUGGAGACUGGAGAGGAGCCAGACCCUGAAUCAGAUGAGGAUUACUAUGACGACACAUACGCCAAUCGCCGCAAGAGACGAGGAGCCGCGCCAUCUGGCCCGGGCUCCCGUGGCGGGCGGGUCAGGAAGUCCCAGCCUGAUGACACACCAGUCAAACGGGGGCGAGCGGGUCGCGGUCGCAAACGUGCUGGAGUACCCGCCCUCUUGCCGUACGAAGUCCCCGGUGAUAGCGAGAAGCCCUACGGAUGUGAACUGUGCGGGGCGAAGUACAAGACGCGGCCGGGCCUGACGUACCACUUCACGCACACGCACAAGGACGCGGCGGGCAGCGACAACGACUCCAGGGACAGUAGGCCCGCCACCUCGCCCGCCGCCGCCGCCGACUAUCAAGACACCUCCAUGGCGGCCCCCCGUCGGCCGAGUCCGCCGCCGCGGCCCGCGUCGGCCGACACGUCGUCCUCGGACUCCGCCCUCGCCCCGCUGGUGCCCCCCGCGUCCUCGCCGGCCCCGACCCCGGCCUCCGCCCCCGCACCCGCCACCAGCAGUGCCGACCUCAAGGAUCUCAAGGAACCCGACACUAAGGUGUCGCCAUCCCCGUACUGCGACUUCUGUCUGGGCGACGACCGCGAGAACAAGAAGACGGGCACUCCCGAGAGGCUGGUCAGCUGCUCCGACUGCGGCCGCUCAGGUCACCCUACGUGUCUGCAGUUCACCGUCAACAUGAUCGUGUCGGUGCGCAAGUAUCGCUGGCAGUGCAUCGAGUGCAAGUGCUGCUCCGUGUGCGGGACCAGCGACAAUGAUGACCAGCUGUUGUUCUGUGACGACUGCGACCGCGGCUACCACAUGUACUGCCUGGCGCCGCCGCUGGACGCGCCGCCCGAGGGUUCCUGGUCCUGCGCCCUCUGCAUCAAGGAGUUCCACUGAACCGGGGAGGUGCCGGUGCCGCUGCUCCAGAAGCUGCGGGUUGAUACGUACAAGAUUACAGGUUAAUGUUGACUAGAGACGAUGUUGCCAUAGACAUAGUUUAGGCCGUUGUGGAGUUAAGGUUAGAAGAGAUGUAAAUAUAACGUACGCAUAGGAACUAUUGUAAUAAAAAAUAAACCUACACAUACGAGAUCGCACCACCUAGAUAUACUUAGAUAUAAAAUACAAUCAAUUAUACACACGAGAGAUGAUAGUUUAAGGUGAUCUAUAAACUAACUGGGACUGAAUUAUUUCAUUAUGAGAUUCUGCUUAAUGUCGUCCACGUGUACUUAGCAGUGACUGAGACGCGACGCCGGCGGGCCGCGUGACCUUGAAUACACAAUUAUAAGUUAGAUAUGAACUGUACAUAAAACUCAGCGAGGGAUGGUCGUCGGUUCGGAGCUAGUGUUGGCUGUACAUACAUAGGAUAGAAGACGGAGGAAAGUGUAUGAUCCCAGAAGUAUUUUAAAAGUACGCAAAAAAAUUUAAUACUGCUUGUGUGUUGUUAAACAUUAAUUCACUGAUGCUGCGAGCGACACAAAACGGAAGAGUGACGUGUGUGACGGGAACCCAUUAAAAAAAUAAUAGUGCGUGGAGUCCCUCCGCGGAAGAAGCGAAGCAGCAAGGAGUAGAAAUUGAUAGUUUUAAUAAGACGAACUUUAUUAACAUCACGUACAAGUCACGAUUGAUCGCCCGCAUUCCCUCUCGCUCCGUCUCUUUUUAUCCCCCCACCCCUCCCCGGGCGUUAAGCGUUGAACCUUGCUGGAAGUCACUUAAGAAGUUCCACUUCAAAAAUCAAACGCGUAGAAUAUUAUCUGUGAGUCGCGUGAGGUGAUGAUGUUGCGCGGCGCAUCAAAACAAUAAUAUACUGUGACAGGCUCGAUCGCUGGUAAACUAUGAUUUAAUGUUAGUAUGUGAUCGACGUGUGACUACGACUCUCUGCCUGUCGCCCCCGACAUGUCUCUGUGUAAUGCUGUCUACCUCUUACCGGUGCUUGCUUAUGUUCUCUAACUCCACCCUCUAGUGCUAAGAUCGCUACAAGUAUAACCAAAUAAUAACACAAAUAAGAAAAAAUCUCCUUUAAAAUCAAUAAAAAUUAUUUCACAUAAUUUGACGUUUUUUUUAGUCAAAAAUAUUACUAUUUAUUAUAUGUUUUAUUUUAUUUUUUCCACUCACGAGAUGUUUUUUAUUUGAGUUAUUAUUUCAUACAUAUUUACGAUACGUAUUGUAUAAUAAAAAAAAAAAACGGGUUCCGUACCAAGGUUUUGUGAUGUGUUUUUUAUUCGCCAUAUUGAUAUUAAAGUACAACAAUGCCUCCUAAUGUUACGCGUCUAAUUUAAAGUUAUUUUUCGUCGCCAGAGUACAUAUUUGUGUUUGAGUCGUGUGAUGUGAGCUGCCUUGUAAGUUAUCAUUCCACUGCAGACCCGUCGGCCGCCGGACGCUCGGCCGCCCGACGUCUCGUAUAUCUGUCUCGUUCCUUCUCGUGCUGCGCGUGUAGACUCUGUGUGCUGUCUUAAUGUAAUGUUAAAUUAUGUUUCGCUGUAUUGUAUAGUAUAGUAUAGUGUAAGUGAGUGCGAGGUCUGCGAGGGGAACUCCCGACUGGAGCUAGUUGUAAAAAGGAAGGAGGAAGUAAACUGUGAUCAGACACUAGUAGGUUGUGAUGGUUUGUGGGUUUUAUAUGAUUUUUUUUAUCGCUUUUUUUAUAUGUAAGUGUAUUUAAAAAACCGAAUUUCGCUUUAAUUUUCGAACAAUUCCUGCCAGUCUCGAUGUUACACGGCCGACGCCGGGGAUACAAUAUGCACACGUUGUUUGUAGUGAGGUCAGACGUAUAUCUGGCGCUCUGUUCGGUGCGUCGUGUCGUGCGCCGCGUCCCUGUGAGCGGGCGCCUGCUCGGAUAUCGUUUUCAGUACAUCGGAGUCGUUAGUUGUUAAUGUAAAUGAAUAAUCCCAUCCUUAUUGUGUCAUAAGUGUGGUGACUUAAAGAAUAAAAAAAUAAAAUUAUUCGAUUGA